CCUGGGUCACGUGACUCGAUCAGGUGACAGAUUCAGUCCGUGAUGGGGACAGUGCCGGCUGGUUCCAGGAGGGCUCCAGGUUGUGGUGAGGGCAUGUUUAUUCUCUGCCUGGCGUUGCUGUUGGCCCCAGGAGCCCCGGCGCAGUAUUCAGUAGAUGAUUUCGGAGGGCUUGGCCGCAUGUUUGAUGGGAUCGGAGCAAUCAGCGGAGGAGGUGCAACAUCCCGUCUUCUUGUUAACUACCCAGAACCACAAAGAACUGAGAUCCUGGAUUAUUUGUUCAAGCCAAAUUUUGGUGCCUCUUUGCACAUCUUCAAGGUUGAAAUUGGAGGAGAUGCACAAACAACAGAUGGAACAGAGCCAUCUCAUAUGCACUACCCCGAUGAUCAGAACUACUUCCGAGGUUAUGAAUGGUGGUUGAUGAAAGAGGCAAAGAAGCGAAAUCCUGCAAUUAAACUCAUAGGUUUACCUUGGGCAUUUCCUGGCUGGAUCGGUUAUGGCAAAAACUGGCCUUAUGAUUUUCCUGAUGUGACGGCUUACUAUGUUGUGUCAUGGAUUAUAGGCGCCAAGCAAUAUCAUAAUUUAGAUAUAGACUACAUUGGGAUUUGGAAUGAGAGAGCCUAUGACAUCAAAUACAUAAAGCUUUUGCGCUACACGUUGGAUAAAAACAAUUUGGAGCAUGUGGGGAUCAUAGCCAGCGAUAACCUAUGGCAACCCAUCGCCUUUCAUAUGCUGCAGGAUCCUGAGCUGUUCAGGGUGGUCGAUGUUAUAGGUGCUCACUAUCCUGGAACCCAUGCAGCACAAGAUGCUAUUCAGACAGGAAAGACGCUCUGGGCCUCUGAAGAUUACAGCACUUACAAUGAUGAGGUUGGUGGAGGUUGCUGGGCUCGGAUUCUGAACCAAAACUAUGUGAAUGGAAACAUGACUUCGACUAUAUCUUGGAAUAUGGUGGCGAGUUACUAUGAACAAUUACCUUUUGGUUUGGAAGGGCUGAUGACAGCCAAGGAGCCAUGGAGUGGAAAUUAUGUGGUAUCAACACCCAUAUGGAUUACUGCACACACUACCCAGUUCACACAGCCAGGCUGGUACUAUCUUAGAACGGUUGGGCAUUUAGACAAAGGUGGAAGCUAUGUAGCACUGACUGACCGGCUGGGAAACCUAACCGUUAUCAUCGAGACCAUGUCACAUAACAACUCUAUCUGCAUCCGUCCUCCACUGCCAGAGUAUAAUGUUUCAGCUCAGAAUGCUACGUUCUACCUUCAAGGCUCCUUUCAAAACCUGCAAGAACUGCAGGUUUGGUAUUCAAAUCUGGACAUCAACAACACCAAACCUGUCACGUUCAAAAAGCUGACUCCAGUAAAGGUACAAAAUGGUUCUUUCACACUGCAGCUGGGGGUAAAUGAAGUUUACACAGUAACAACCCUGUUGACUGGACAGAAGGGUUCAUUCCCUGAUCCACCCAAAUCCAAACCUUUCCCUCUAAAAUACAAGGAUGACUUCAGUGUCAGAAACCCUCCUUUUUCAGAGGCCCCUUAUUUUGCAGACCAGUCUGGUGUAUUUGAAUAUUUCACAAAUACCUCUGACCCAGGUGAUCAUGUCUUCACCUUUCGCCAAGUUCUUACUCAGCGCCCAAUCACUUGGGCAUCAGAUGCUAACCAAGCCAUUAGUGUGAUUGGUAACUACCAAUGGUCCAAUAUUACAGUGACAUGUGACAUCUACAUUGAGACUGUGGAAACUGGAGGGGUGUUUGUUGCUGCUAGAGUUGAUCAGGGAGGCUCACCAACUGACAGGGCAAAGGGUAUAUUUUUCUGGGUGUUUGCCGAUGGCACCUAUAAAGUCACUGGGGAUUUAAUUGGGGAAAUAGUUCUGUGCAAGGGGCUGGCAGGUGUUCGUGCUAGAAGCUGGCAUACACUGACCCUUCAUGUUGAUGGUACUAAUGCAUCUGGACUGCUAAAUGGAAGUCCCUUGUGGAAAGAAGUUGUGACUGGAGGACCUUUGCAUGGCUGGGCUGCCAUUGGGACAAGCUCCUUUGAAUUUACACAGUUUGAUAACUUUAUGAUUGAGGCCAAAGAUCCUGAAUGAGCCACAUACCAAGUGCCUUAUAAGUCCUCUCUACUGACACAACGUAUUCAAGCAAUGAAUGUUAACUGGGGAUAUGCAGAAAAAUAUUUUUCUAACGCACCAGAUUUUAGAAGCAUUUCCUAAAAAAAUGCUGCUUGCACUGAAUGAUACAGCCCUUUCACUUAUUUUCAUUGGUAUUUAAACAAUGUAUUUUAACCCCUUAAGGAGGUAAAUUAUUUUGUCUAUAAAAAACGGGUACUUAGGAGAUUAAUUCAUAGUUGAAAUUGCAAAAAUUUCUGGACAACGAUGGCUUUAAGUUCUUAUCUGGAUUCAAGGGCUUUUUUUUCUACUGGCACAGGAUAAAAAGGUUUUCACCUACUUUACUGAAACAGGACAGCCUGGUUUGUCAGUAAAAAAGUAAAUAAAUUGUUCAUGCUUUUAUAACUUACUAUAUGUGGGUUUUUCAGUGCCUAAACAUUAUUACCAUUGUUACCUGCAGUAAAUGCAGCGAGUCAUUGUAUCUUUGUAGGUAUGUUUCUUGUAUAGACACAUCUUUGCAAAUUAAAUGUGUAAACUCACAGCUCCCAUAUUUGCUAGUAUUAGAAAAUGAUUUUCUGGAAUGCUUACCCUUUGGGAGUAAUUUUGGGCUUUUGGCAAAGAUACAGCAGACAGGCAACACUGUUUAUAUCAGAGCUAUCUUAGUGCCAGGAAGGUUGGAUGAGAUUGUAUCUUGGACAUUACUGUAGUAUGUUUAACUAAAGCAUCUGUUUUACAGUAAAUAAUAUACCACUUAAUGGUGGCCAGUGCCACAGUCCACAGAAUAGUCACUCCAGCAUCUCUCUUUUCCUGUUAGAGAAGACAGAAAGUAUAAAGCUCUUUCUGCAUAUUUGAUUGACUAUAAUUUUAUUCUAGUCCUACGAUCUUAAAAAUAAUCAUUUAAUAAAUGCAGUGACCUUA